CAUGAAUGAACUGCUGGUAUCCAAGCGGAAGAGGAUUUAUAUUCCAUAUUCAGCAAUAUGAUGUGCCUGGUUUGGAAAUAACUGGCAGUCAUAAUAAAAUAUGUCAUGCUUCUGGAUAAAAAAAACUCGGUGUAGUUGUAGUUAUGUUUGUUAAACCAUGAUAAGAUGAAGCGAUACAGACAUGCUAGUAUUAUGCUUGUGUGCAUGAGAAGCUAGCUCGAGCUAACGGUUAGCUGCUGUGUAACGCCAGCUACGAGGGGAAAGAUGAUUAAAAGGGGAAAACGGUGCAAUAUUAGUAUGAAAGGUACAUGGCGGCUGUGAGGAUGGUCACAGCUGGCUGAGGUCCACCCACUGUCCCGGCAGGUGAUAUCCAGGUUGUGAGAAGGAGCCAUGAAAGAAGCGGGCAGGGAAGGCUCUGGACUAGGCGAGGCUCUGUUCGAGGACCUGGACUUCCCCUCUGACGACAGGGCCCUGCUCUCCGACAGCUCCACGCCCAUCGCCACGCUGCAGGGAGAAGUCACCUGGCGACGUCCUCAGGAGAUCUGCCAGUCCCCUGCUCUCUUCCCUGACAACAUCACCCUUGCUCAUGCUAAACAAGGCUUAUUGGGAGACUGCUGGUUCCUCUGUGCCUGCUCUUUCUUGCUCAAAAACAGAUAUCUCCUGAACAAGGUGUUGCCUCCAGACCAGCCCCUUUGGGGGGACAGCAGGUACAGGGGCUCCUUCCAGUUUUGUUUUUGGAAACUGGGACAUUGGACAGAGGUGACAAUCGACGAUCGCUUACCCUGCAUUAACUCCACUCCCUGCUUCUCACGCUGCCACUCCCCUGCUGCCUUUUGGGUAGCCCUGUUGGAGAAGGCCUAUGCCAAGCUUCAUGGCUCUUAUGAGCGACUGUGGGCAGGGCAGGUGUCUGAGGCCCUGGUGGAUUUGAGUGGGGGGCUGGCGGAGCGCUGGAGCUUGGGAGAGACAGAGGAGGAGCAGAGACCAGAACAGGACAGUGACCAGGUCAGGAGGAGAAGGCUGGACCUGAACCUCCUGUGUUCAGUGAAGGAAGAGUGUGCAGUCAGCUGCUCCACUCAAAGCAGUCCUGGAGGCUUAAACAUUGAGAAAGGGAUUUCAAUCCGUUGUCACCUGUUGACCUGGAUUACUGCUGCAGGUGCCAGUGAGCUGGGUCAGUACCAUGCGCUGACUGUCAUGGAGUGGUUGGAUGUGAAGACGCUGUCAGGGAGCAAACAGCUGCUGCUCAGGAUCAGAAACCCCUGGGGAAGAUGCUGCUGGGGAGGGGCCUGGAUAGGGAGUGGUGCUGGUUGGAGUUCUGUCGACCCUGCCUUGGCUUCGGACCUACAAGCCAGGGUGGCCGAGGGCGAGUUCUGGUUGGAUGAGACUGAAUUCCUGUCCCAGUUUGAUGAGGUCACAGUGGGCUACCCCAUCAGUGAUGAAGGGCACCUUAAGAGCAUCUAUACUGGAAGUCCACUGACACACUACCACCAGCUGGCCGGCCGGUGGAUGGAGGGUCACUCCGCUGGUGGCAGCCGAAACUGCAGCAGCUACGGCAGCAACCCCAAGUUCUGGCUCAAAGUGUGUGAGAGAGGAGAGGUGCUAGUGUCCCUGCUGCAGCACAGAAAAUGGAGGAAGACAGAGAAUUGCACACAAACGCUAUUAGAGGAUAGCAAAAACACAAAACACCAGCACUACCAGGCUAUCGCUCUACACAUGUGGAAGGUGGAGAAAAGGCGUUUCAAUCUUAGCCGAAUGUUGAACAAACCACCUUGUGUUUCCACUUACUGCCACGCCUACGAGAGAGAGGUGGUUCUCCAUCAGCAGCUGGAGCCUGGGUUCUACCUGCUGAUCCCCAGCACCUAUCAGCCAGGAGCGGAGGCCCGCUUCCUCAUCAGGGGGUUCUCCUCCUCCCCCACGUCUCUCAGUGCCCUGAAGAGCCCAGCACCUUCACUGCCGUCGACAACAGAUGGAGAGUGGGAGACCUGUUACUUCCAGGGCUCGUGGGUGGAGGGAAGGACAGCUGGAGGAAGCAGGAACUUCCUGUCUCACUGGCAGAACCCCUGCUUCCCCUUUACAGUUUGUGAUGAGUCAGCAGUGACGCCAGGAGUUAAUGUCAGGAUUACCCUGCACCAGAGCCGCCCUGACACGGACCUCCACCCUAUUGGCUUCCACGUUUAUAAGUUGUCAGAAGGGGAAUCCCAGCAGACAUUACCCAGGGACGAGGACCCCGCGGCCAGUUGUGUCCCUCACUGCUUCACCCAGGAUGUCCUCCUGGCCUGCUGCCUCUCUCCUGGAGCUUACACCAUCGUGCCCUCCACCUACAGGCCUGACUGCUCAGCCAGCUUCACCCUCAGCCUGGCCCGCAGGAUACACAGGAAGGUGGUGAAAAGCCAGGAGAGACUGGGAAGAGCCAUUGAAGAGAUCUCUCACAUCUCUGUGAUGCAGAGCUAGUUCUCUGGGACUGUUGCUGCUCCGCUGACGUCGACUCACCUCCCGGUGCCUCUUGGCCCAUGAUGAAAGAACCAGUUCUCCCAUCCACCCUCACCAUGGAGGAUGUGUUUGUUUGUGUGUGCAUGUAUGUGUACCACCAGUGGCUGAGAAGGCAGGCACAUUUAGUGGGAAUGUGUGUGUCGGGAAUCCUGGAAACCCCUUUAUCCUAACCCGCUGAGGCUCAGGGCUGAUGGGCAGCCACACACUCAUCGGCGAUUAGGACAUCAGAGGUUGUCGGUGGGCUGGGCUGCUAAUGAAGUAUGACGGGACUGGCUGGUGUAAACAAACAGCCGCCAUUGAAGAGGGCCGCCGAUCCUCUUGCUCAUCCACUCGCUGGUGCGCCUGCCGGCCCGGAACAAAGGGCCCUCUCAUGAAGGUCCUCACAGAGGCACAGGGGGCAAGGGGCGAGGGGAUGGUCUCCGACAGCAGAGCCAACCAAACCACACCACACCAUACCGUGCCAUACCAUACCAGAGCUUUCCUCCCAUCCCUGUCCCCCAGACACUCUGCACCUCACCUAGCUUGCAUUGUUUGGCCAUAUACACAGACACAGGGUUUUAGUACCUCUUACCCAACAUGAGUACCAUCCGGACUAACACCAAAGUCAGGCUGGACCUAAAGAAGUCCAUUUUGUUCCUGACUCCAUCCUCACCCCCCAGCUCCCUUUUUGUCCCCCCAGACUCGGUCCACAGCUCUGCCUGGACCUGAACAGAGCCAGGGUUUGAAGUUGCCGCCAGAACAGAUGACAAGCGGACGGGUGCAAGGGAUGAAACGAAGGAUGCGGCACAUCAGAGGAGGCCGGUUCAUAAGAAGAAGCCGCCAGUCCUUUUUUGUGUUGAGGCUGCGUAUGUGUGUUGGUGUGUGUCUGCCUGCUUGUAACCAUGUCUGUUUCUUGAAGUCACAGGGUUUCUGGUUAUUCAUUUGAGCCAGGGUUAACAGAGACAUUUCAGAAAGCUAUAAUUGACUAAUUAGGAGUGGCUGUGUAUUUAUUAUGUUUGGGAGUGAGAUGUGCGAAUAAUGAAUAAAAUGUUAAAACUA